UAGCUACGUCGGUUGAUCGUGAUUCCGCGCGCGCGCGUGUGAGAGAGAAAGAACGUUAAAGAAAAGAGAGAGAGAAACCAACCGCCCAGUGCAGGUCCUGUUGAGUGGCAGUUUCGUCAGCGGCUUCCUUCACCUGUGGGGUUCCUAAGCCCAGCUUUCGGCCAUGGCGUAUCGCGGACAGGGCCAAAAGGUGCAGAAGGUGAUGGUACAGCCUAUCAACCUCAUCUUCAGAUACCUACAAAAUAGGUCUAGGAUUCAGGUGUGGCUGUACGAACAGGUGAACAUGCGGAUAGAAGGCUGUAUUAUUGGGUUUGAUGAAUAUAUGAACCUGGUUCUGGACGAUGCUGAGGAGAUUCACUCCAAGACAAAAUCAAGGAAACAGCUAGGUCGGAUCAUGUUAAAAGGAGACAAUAUUACUCUUCUACAAAGUGUUUCUAACUAGAAAUUGCUAUCCAUUGUGCUGAUUAUUGUUUUGAUUUCUAAACCUAAAGAAGAAAGUGUUUGGAACUUAACGCUGUCACUUCCAAAUUCUACCCUGGUGUCUGAGAAGAGAGAGAAGGAUGAAGCCAGUUAUUUAGUUCAUGCUUGUAUAGUUUUCAAUAACUUUUUUACAUUGGCGUGGACCUGUAGUUCUUUCUAAAUAAAUUUUUUUGUUAAUA